UCUGAUAACAAUUCGUGAGAAAAAUUUUCAAAUAAACAGCGGUUAUUUAAAUAUUAUGCUUAUAUUUAUAAUUUUGGGAAGAAUGUGAAAAUAUGCCCAACUUACGCUGUAACCUCCACAGCGAAAGAAGAUGUGAAAGUGUGUGCAGAACAGAAAAAUGUUACAGAAUAGAGCGUUUUUAAAAGAAAAGCUUCCCAUUAUAGUCUUCGCGUUACUGAAUUGUUCACUGUUGAAGUGUUUUAAAUAUUGCAGAAAAGUUAGGAGACGGCCGGUGGGCACGGCGCCGGCUGCAUUUCCUGACGCGCCUCUCGGCCGGUUGCGCGCAGGUUACAGCCUACAGUACCGAGGUAAUGUGCUUUACGAGAAAAGCGGAACCACUACGUGCGGGGCAGCACCUGAACUUCCGAAAAACACACUCCUACGUGGGAUCUUAACGUGUCAAGCUUGCGUUUUUGGACCGUAAACGACGCUCUUAAAUAUGUAGAGCAGCUCAGUUUCUGACUCCUCUCUGACAGGAGGAGAGUGUGGACGUCAAAGCCUUGAGGGACAGAUUUCAUGUGAAGACAGAAAUGACUGACGUCAAAGGUGCUGAAAUCCAAAGACCUCCGCUGCAGAGAUUUCCAAGAGUCAUUCUGCCACUUGGACCCGACCCUUCUGCAAAUGGAGCUGCCAGACUUAAACCGACACCUGUUCUUCCAUCGAUGGCGCCUGGACCUCGUCUGUCUCCAGUUCCCCAGCUCAAGCAAUCUGUGGCAGAGCCUGAGUCCCAGGGCACCGUGCGGCCGAUGCCACCACUGGGUGUCUUCCCAAGACCGCCUCCUUCCCACCGGAUUGUCUCAGUACCUCAGGAGACCAGAACAUCUCAGCCGGACAGGGAGAGGCAGUCAGGGAGAGUCAAAGCUGCUGGGGAACUUCUGCAGAACCUAUCGUUGAAGCAGCCAGCCGUGCCAGAUGGACUGGUCACCAAGGCAGUGCUGCCAACCCCGUCCUCGAUACGCAGCCAGAGGAACAUGGCUGAAGUGCCCCCACUUCUACGGACCCUGCCUCCGGAGGGGAUGCGGCCUCUCAAGCCUAAGCGCCCCCCCAACGUCAACCUGGAUGCCUUCCGCAAAGGGUCCGCUGGUCCUCCCCUCCCUAGGCGGUCUACUCGAGAGAAGGCAGACAGACGCAGUAGCCCGGCCUCUUCUGGGAGAAGCAGCCCUUCUGCUCCACCACGGCCUCCAUUUAAGCCAAGCUCCCUGAGCCUGCAGCACUCUGUCACACACAAUGAAGACGACCAGGAGACGUAUGACGACAUUGACGUUCUUCCCCCACCCCCGCCGCCCCCCCCAUUUUACAAAGACUCACCGCAGCCAGCUGAGGAAAGUGAUGGAGGGGAAAUCUAUGAAACAGCUGAUGAACCUGAAGAUUUUACUGAGCCUCCUGCCAUCAAAGAGCGAAUGCCUAAGGAUGUGAGACAGCAGCCUGAACUGGGAGUAAAGGAACAGAAGGAAAGACAGAAGAAGGAGAACGAGUACCGCAAAAAAUUUAAGCUCCCAAAGGACGUGGAGGUCCUUAACAUAGCCAGGGUCACUCGUGACUACCAGGGCGGGAAGAGCGACCUGAGCGUGCGGCAGGGGGACCGAGUGGAGAUCAUCCAGGUGAAGAACACCCCUGAGGGCAAGUGGCUAGCAAGGACAAUGGCCGGCAACUACGGCUACAUCAGCAACACCUGCGUGGAAGUGGACUAUGAGGAAGUGAAACGGAGGCUCCUGUGCAAACCCAGCGAUGUGGCUUUCCCUGCGCCACCCCCUGCGCUGCCCCCUGUGCUGCCCCCUGCGGACGCCAAUGACCUCUAUUAUGAUGUGGGCACGUCGGACCAGCUGAACAGCAGUGAAAAUUUGGAUGAAGAUGUGUACGACGAUGUGGAUCCCUUGUCAGACAUGUUCCCCCCCCCACCACCAGAAAUCAGUCUGGAUCUAAAGAAAAGCAAGAAACAGGAGAAGGAAGAAAAAGAAUUUAGAAAAAAGUUUAGGUUUGAAGGACCUGUACAGGUGAAGUAUAAGAUGAUGGUUGACCCAAACACCACCACGAAGAAGGGAAGCGGGAAGGACCUUCCUCUGAGUCCGGGCGAAAUCCUAGAAGUCAUUCAGUUUGUGAACGACAGGAAAGCGCUGUGUCGUAAUGGACAGGGGAAAUAUGGGUAUGUGCCAAGGGCACUCCUGCUGCAAGAGGAAGGGGACAUAUAUGAUGAUGUUGAUAGUAAUAAAGAUGUCUAUGACAAUGAUUCCAGCACCACGUGAAGAGCUUCCUGUGGAGAGAUAACCCCCACGCCUGUGAAUGGGUCUUUUUUCUUACCAUGCAACCUGAGACUAUUCCCUUUUUUAACAAUGAUGUGAAGAAGACUAGAUUAACAUGCAGACUGCACAGCCUCCAACAGUCCAAACAUGUAAAAAGUAUUCAUGACAACCAUUUUGCUUUUUUAUACACUAUGAAAUUGUCAUCUUUUGUAUAGUACAUUGAAGUGCGUAACGGAUAAAAAAGCAAAUGGGUAAAAUUAAAGCCUAUUUUACUUGUACCUAAUUUAUUUGCAUGCAUUUUUGUUCAUAAUAGCUGAAGUUGAAUUACAUUUUUGUUUUUUUUCCAUCAGUCACAGAUAUAUUUGUAAAUGUUUUGUAUGUGUGUUAAACAGAAUUUCAGUCUGCCAGAAAGUGUUACUCAGUAUUAAAUACAAAAACGAUUGCCCAUUAAUGAAUGAUGUGACUACUGUGUGUUUGCUUUGACGUUAUAUUAUUGCAAUAUAACAAUUAAAAUGAGAAUUUAUUUAAA